GGGGGAAAGAGAUUCCAAGUAGAGGAGGCAGGCGAGGUGCGCCGGUGGACCCCGAAGGGCCCCGUGUGUUUCUUCCUGUGUUGUGUUCCGUCGUGCUCGCUUCUGUACCGAGCCACAAUGGCCGGUUUCGAAGAUGUCGGCAUCGGAGACUUUGUUCUCUUGGAAAACAUCACAUUGGAUGCGUUUAUGGAUAACCUCAAAGUGAGAUACAACGGUGGGAAAGUUUAUACGUACAUUGGAGAAGUAUGCGUCUCCGUCAACCCGUACCGCACCAUGAACAUCUAUGGCGCGGACCAAGUAAACGAUUACAAAGGAAGGGAAAUAUUCGAACGUCCACCGCACAUAUUCGCCAUUGCGGACGCUGCCUACAAGGAGAUGAAGCGGAAAUCCAGGGAUACCUGCAUAGUCAUUUCAGGUGAGAGUGGCUCCGGGAAGACGGAAGCCUCAAAGAUCAUCAUGAGGUACAUCGCCGCAAUCACGAACGUCACCGGGCAGCAGGAAAUUGAAAGGGUGAAGAACAUCCUGCUCCAGUCUAACUGCAUAUUAGAAGCUUUUGGAAACGCAAAGACGAACCGCAACGACAAUUCAAGUCGUUUCGGGAAAUAUAUGGACAUCAACUUUGACUUCAAAGGCGAGCCAUUGGGAGGCCAUAUCAACAACUAUCUCUUAGAAAAAUCCCGAGUGAUCUACCAGCAACCAGGCGAACGAAACUUCCACGCCUUCUACCACCUCUUGUACGGCGCACCGGAUGGCAUGCUCUCCGACUUCGGGCUGAAACAUGAACCGCAAAAGUACUUCUACACAAAACAAGGAGAUUGUCCAAAGGUCAACACUAUCAACGAUAGAGCAGAUUACAAGCAAGUCUGCUCCGCUUUCAAGGUGCUAGGGUUUUCUCAGGAACACUGUGACACACUGUGGAAGAUUGUAGCCGCCAUCAUUCACCUGGGCGAGGUGGAAUUUGUAUUGGACGGCGACGAGGCGAAGGUGAAAGGGAGUUUAGACCGUCUGGCCAAAUUGUUCGCAGUGCCGAAGGACAUGUUACACAGGACCCUCUGCCAACGAGUCAUUGCUGCAGGGGGUGAAGUCAUGGAAAAGGCACAUACUGUUUCUGAAGCCCUCUACGGCAGGGACGCUCUGGCAAAGGCUGUCUAUGAAAGGAUGUUCUCCUGGAUAGUCGGCCGAGUAAAUGAAGCGAUUCAGGUGCAGUCCAACGGUUAUGGGACGAAAAAGAACACUGUCAUCGGCGUGCUUGACAUUUACGGCUUCGAAAUCUUCGACAACAACAGCUUCGAGCAACUGUGCAUCAAUUACUGCAACGAGAAGCUGCAGCAGCUCUUCAUUGAACUGGUGCUCAAGCAAGAACAAGAGGAAUAUCGUAAAGAAGGGAUCGAAUGGCAAGAUGUGAAAUACUUCAACAACCGCAUUAUCUGUGAUCUGGUGGAGGAGCCGCAUCGAGGAAUACUAGCCAUUGCUGAUGAAGCCUGUCUGCAAGUUGGCAAAGUUAACGAUGUGAUGCUUCUGGAAUCUAUGGACAAAAAGUUGGCGAACCACAAGCACUACACGAGUCGGAGGCUUUCACCAACAGACAAAGCACUGGAGCAUCAAAAACACUUCAAAAUUAUUCACUAUGCCGGCGAUGUGACAUACUCUAUCGAAAACUUCAUCGACAAGAACAAAGAUACGCUGUACCAAGACUUUAAGAGGCUACUCUACAACAGCUCGGAUCCACUGAUAAAGGAGAUGUGGCCAGAGGGCGCUCAAAAUGUGAACCAGGUGAACAAGCGACCACUCACAGCAGGAACCUUGUUCAAGAACUCGAUGAUUGCACUUGUGCAGAAUCUGGCUUCCAAGGAACCUUUUUAUGUCCGUUGCAUCAAGCCAAAUGAACAAAAAUCACCCUUGCUGUUCGACGAUGAGCGGGUCAGGCAUCAAGUUGGAUACUUAGGUCUCUUGGAGAACGUGCGCGUUCGCAGAGCGGGCUUCGCAUACAGGCAGGACUAUGCACGCUUUCUCAGAAGGUACAAAAUGAUCACACAGUUUACAUGGCCCAACUUCUACGGUGGAAGCGAACAAGAAGGCUGUCGUGUGAUCAUCGAUGAGCUUGGCUUCGGAAAGGACGUCAAGUAUGGGAAGACGAAGAUCUUCAUCCGUUCUCCACAGACACUGAGCAGGCUUGAAAAUGAGAGGCUCAACAUUAUUCCUCGCAUCGUUAUCUUCUUGCAAAAGAUGUGGAGAGGUGCAAUUGCCAGGAUGCACUACCGAAAAAUCAAAGCUGGACGCAAGAUCCUGGCGCACUAUCGCAAGUACCGGACAAGAAAGUACAUCAGUGACUUGCGCGUGUGCUUUAGGAACGUGCAUCAGAUGGAAGACUACGGCAAGAACAUCGCUUGGCCACCGCCCCCUUGUGUGGUCAAGGACGCUGUACCUGGCCUCAAGGUGAUGUUUGCAAGAUGGCGAGGGUGCAUGCUUCUACGCAAAGUCCCACGGACCGAAUGGCCCCAGCUGCGACUGAAGGUGACCGCUGCAGAUGUUCUCGCAGGACGACGACCCCACUGGGGGCUUUCGAGGACAUGGCGAGGAAACUACCUUGCAGAUACAUCUGAAAACGACGCAUGCCUACCAUACAUCACAUCUGUCACUGGACUAAAGACAAAGGACAAGUUCGAUAAGAUCGUCUUCUCGAGCUUUGUGAAGAAGGUAAACAAACACAAUCAGCCAGCAGACAGGGUACUGGUGGUCACUGACACGGGCAUCUACAAGUUAGAUAACAAGAAGUUCAAGUCCCUACGUUCGGCUAUUCCCAUCACCGAUCUGACAGGAAUCAGUGUAACCCCAGGAAAUGAUCAGUUAGCCGUUCUGCACCUUCGAGGCAACAACGACUUGGUCAUCUGCCUGGUUAACUCAGCCUCACCAUCGGAUUCACAUCGUGUUGGAGAGCUGGUGGGAACGGUUGUUAGGCAGUGGCAAAGGACGCAAAGCAGAAACCUACGAGUGAUGGUCUCAAACCAACCGCAGUGUAUGCUGGGAGGAAAAUCAAAAACAAUAUCCGUGGAAACGACGUCCAGUGUGACGACACCAACGUUCAAGAAGGCUGCCGCCAACUGCAUACUUCUCCUGUGGCCAUCCAGCUCCUGAGGUUACUGCAACGAACUGCUCAAAAUCAAACAUUCUGCACCACCUGUAGUUUGCAAGUCAGAAGGCAAUGGUGUUAUAAUUGUAUUUAUAUACUUUUAAUUUACGAGCCUUUGCAAACUGAUGCAAUUCAAACUUGUCAUUUUUUUUAGUCCGGCCCUAAAAUGAGUUCGGGGUGGAAUUCAGUGGCACGUUCAGUUGUGAGUGAGAGCUUUGGGUGUGUGAGAAAAACACAUGACAACUUCAUAUUUUAGUUUUAUUGACAUUGUUUCUAACUUGUCAUGUAAGAAAGACACUAUGGAGCUUCUACUAAACAAUUAUUCACUGAUGCAAAAUAAUUUCUUUCGAUCGGUAUGCUAGAUAGCAUUCGACAAACAUCUAUGCAGAUGUGUGCUUUUUAGGGCCACUUGUAUAGUGACACUAGCUUAGCUGGGAAGCAUGAAUGACAAUUUGAUGUGUCCGCAUACUUAAAUAGCGCUGUAUAGUGUUUCGUGGAAAUGCAUGGAGCAUGUGUACAUAGAUAGUUAUUGAAUGGGAACCAGAAAACGCCUCCUGUGUCUCCUGAAGUGCUCAUGAAGGUCUUGCUUUGCACGUGAAAACGCUUGAUGAAACAUUAUAGAUAGCCUAAAACAAUAUGUAUAGCUUUUUUUCGUGUGUAAUAUUGUUGCCUCUUUUAUGUUGUUUUGGUUACAACAUCAACAAAGUGUGCCUUUGACGUGCCGGAGGAAUCUACGACGUUUCUCUAAUGAAUUAGAGAAUUGCAAAUGAAUUGUGUAACAUACAUCAGUGCCAAACGUAUAUCGUUGCUGUAUCGACUAUAAUGGUCAAUACCACGUCGCGCUGUUGAUGGGGUGUACGUGACAUAGCCCUUUUCGAGAGCCUUGAAUGCACUGUAUUUUAAUGAAAUGUGUUGUGCAAAUUUGUGACAACGAAGUUGUGCUUUGAACCCUCACGAGAUGGAAGAGAGUAAAAUAUUAUUUUACAUAA